GGAGCGUCAAGCUGCAUAGGCAGCUUUCGGCAGCACUGGACCUCUUUGCACAUCGGUGGCACAUCGCAGCAUCCUUUGACGACGCUAAUUGAAUCCCUCAGCCGUCAACGCCGCCGAGCUUGCAUAGCUCAGACAAUCACCACCACUUGCACGCUGUCGCCGCGCGCCGCAACCAUGCUCCCAGUCACGCGGACAGCCAGCAGCACGCUCAGCCGCCUCGGCAGCUACCUGCGGCUCGCCGCGCAAACACCGGUAGUGAUGUGCUCCGUAGCGGCGGCUUUGGCCCAGCCCCUCCUCGAAACGUUACGAAUAGUAGACGCCGUCGAGCCCGUGGAACGGGACGCCGACCUGCGUAAUAAAACGAUCCUGGUCACGGGCGCGACGGCCGGCGUCGGCCUGGCCACGUGCAAGCGGCUGGCGGCGCGGGGCGCGCGCGUGCUCGUUUGUGGCCGCAACGCGGAACGCACGAGGCGAGCCGUAGAAGAGGUCGGCGGCCGCGCCGAAGCCGUUGCUUUGGACCUGUGCUCGCUAGAAUCCGUGAGAGCUUGCGCGGAAAAGGUCAAACCUCUGAGGCUCGACGUACUUAUACUCAACGCUGGUGUGAAUGCGAACGUGCCCACGGCGACGCAUCCCGAGCUCGACUGUUCGUUGGUCUUUGGCGUCAACUUCGUGGCCCACUACCUGCUCGUGACGUUGCUCUUGGACUCGUUGGGUGCGGAUGCUCGCGUGGUUUGUUUGGCGAGCGCGGGCGCGGCGUCCAUCUUUCACGCCAUCGACGCGUCACAGAGUCGCGUCGAUGGCGCCAGGGCGUCCACGCCGUCGACGCGACACAAAUCGCAAAACGCAGGCGUCAUGCACCACCACAGCGCGGCGUGCCACGCCCACGACGCGGACUACGCGGAAUCGAAACUGGCCAUGGUUUUAUUAGCAAGGGCCUUGUCAAGGGGCGACUUAGGUAGAAAAGUCGACGGCGUCCCCGUGAACCCGGGCGCGGCGAACUCGGAUAUUUGGCGCCACGUCUGGGCCCCGGUGCGGCCGCUGUUUCGAGUCUGCGUGGCGCCGGUCUUCCUGACGACGGACCAGGCGUGUGCUUCUUCCGUCGCCGCGGCGGCGCUGCCUCUCGAACGCGACGGGGACGGCCUGCCUCUGUAUCUGGCGCCGUACUGGGUGCCUCGAUACGGUUGCCGCGCGGCCUUCGAGUACGUCGGGUACUUCGUGGGUUCGGGCGCGGCGUUCGCGCGCGUGCCUGCGCGGGAACAUGAGGCGGCGGAGGCGUUGUUCGCGCGGUGCCGGGGGCUGCUUGCUGGGUCAUAACUAGACGUGUUUGC